AUGACAGUACGAAAUAGAGGAGUGACUCUUGAAGAAUGGGAAUCAAAAACGCAAUUAACAGAACUACAAAAACAAAGUGUUUUAGAGAUACAAGAUGCUUGUCUUGAAUUACCUUUGCCAGAAGGAUAUUUACACGACAUAGGAGGUGGAACUGGAACCCCGCAGUUAGUUUCUUCUCCUAGCCUAAAAGAAAACUACCGCACCUCACCAUAUCCACGACUCACUCCCUCGCCACUGCCAAAAUCACGGUCCACUACAAACCUGCUUGCCGAACUAGCAGCGGAAGCAGCCGCUGCAGUAGCUUCAUCGACUGACGCGUCGUCUCUUGGGAUUUCACAACCUAUUGAAACAACUCAACAGUUUUUCGAUUGGUUUGCUAAAAUGGAAACUGAUAUGGAGAAAGAUCAAGAGGAUGUUUAUAGUCAGAUUGACUCGACUGUCAAACUUUUUCAUGAUCUUGAUGGAAAUUUUCGAUUCGUAGAAGAACGUACAAAGGCGUUGCAAACUGCAUGUGAGAAACUUUUGGAGGAGCAAAAUCAUCUGGAGGUGUUGGCGGAUGCAAUGGCUUCCAAACUCGCAUACUAUAACGAACUUGAAACGAUAUCUGAUCUCUUUAGCUCUCUCGGGGAGAAUAUUUGUGAAAAGGAAGAAUUUCUUCCGAUGCUUUCCAGGUUAGAUGAAUGCUUAGAGUACAUGCAAGGAAAUUUAAGAUAUCGCGACUCUGAGCCAUAUCUAAUAAGUUUUCGACAAUGCAUGACUCGUGGAAUGAACUUGAUAAAGAUUACUUUUGUUGGGAUUAUUAAAGGACUCGGAAUAGAGAUUGCCAAAAAGACCAAUCAGCCUUUAAACCUCGAAUCUCAACAAGAAUUAUUUUAUUCGAAAUUCCGGUCCUUGGCUCCUAGACUUAAGCCGCUUUUAAGUGAGAUAGAAAAAAGAUGUCCGGCUUAUGGAGAAUAUACUUCAUUGCUAAGUGACUGUUAUAAUGCAUAUUUUUCGGUGCGUCAGCAAUUGCUGAUCCCAGCAAUUGUUGCUCAGAUACAAACAAUGGGAUCUGGUGGAUCGGAUAUCUUGGCUUUUACACGCAAUGGAUACAGUUAUAUGAAAAGCCUUUGUUCUGAUGAGUACUCUUUGUUCCAUGAAUUUUUCUCUACAGGUGGAGAUGACUUGUAUGGCAAUUUAGAUUUGCUGUGUAGCUAUCUCUACGAUGAGCUUCGUCCACUUAUUAUCCAUGAAGCACAUAUUGAUACAUUAUCCGAGUUAUGCACGAUAUUGCAGGAUCAUGCGAUCCAUGAUAAGCAACUUGCAGAAAAAGGAAAAUCUGGACUACGAUUCAGUUUUUUAAUUCGGAAUGUACUACAAGAUGCUCAACAAAGACUCGUGUUUCGAGCACAAACUUAUAUCGACAGCAAUAUAAAAAAAUUUGUGCCACAGCCCAAUGACCUCGAUUACCCAAAUAAACUUGAAGAUUCGUCCGAAAUUACUGCUGGACCUGCCUUAUUGCCAGUACAACAAGAACAUGGUGAUGAUGAUGUUAAUAACGAAGAUAACAGAUCAAAUAUCUCUACAUCAUCAUUCUUUAACAAAACUGAAACGACAGAGAAUUAUCGCGGAUGUUUUCCGACAUUGCAACGGACUUUGUGGAUUCUUUCAAAACUUUAUUUAUGCAUUAAUGAUUCUAUAUUUGAUGGUAUCGCGCAGGAGGUUGUUCAACUCUGUUUGCAAUCCUUAUUGACGGCAAGCGAAACUAUAACUAAAAAGAAUAAAUUAGACGGACAGCUUUUUUUGAUAAAACAUCUUUUAAUAUUGAAAGAGCAGAUUUCAGCAUUCAAAACUCAGUUUAUUCAUGAUGAAAAAGAUUUGGAUUUUUCAGAGAUGACUGAUGCAAUUAACGAAAUUCUACAAAACAAGUAUUCAAUUCUCAGGCCCAAUACUUUGUUCGGGCUGGCACAAAAGGGAAUACCGAAAGUUGUGGAAAGUAGAGUCGAUUCUAAAUUGGAGGUUGAUAAAAAACUAAAACGUGUCUGCGAAGAAUUUAUUUUGGAUAACGCCAAGGAAGCUGUAUCAGCGUUUAGAAUGAGAAAUGAUCUAAAGCCUGCGCAUCAGCAAACCGUGCUGAAAAAUCAAAGUUUUGCUCAAUUAAAAAACAUUAUCCAAGUAUACGAGGAAUUUCAAACUGCUGUGAAAUUACGACUCCGAUUUAUCAUUUCAAAACUAUCUCAAUAUCUUAAUGACACUAAAACGGAAAAUGUAUUACUUAAGCCAAUGCAGAAUCACAUUAUCGAAUCAUAUCAAGCAUUUUACGAUAUCAUCGAACUAGAAUUCGAUAUGGUCAAACUACAAAGUUCGCUGAGUUCCGUGGAGAACGUCAAAAUUUGGGUCGAAGAUCCUGAUUCUUGGCAAGAUGAGCGAGAAGAAAGUGAAGACGUAGUGUGGUAUUCAUGA